AUGUUGACGGAAACUGAUUUCAAUUUAACUGAUAGACAAAUGAACGAAUAUGAAGAAAUAUUCACUUAUUUCGAUCGUGAAAACACCGGUCGAAUCGAUGUGAAUGAUUUAAGUUUGAUCAUUCGAUCAGCUGGUUUAAAUCCGAGCGAUAUGAAACUCAAAGAAAUUCGAGAUGAUUAUGAACAAAACGAAAUCAAUGAAAUCAAUUUCCAACAAUUUUUACAAAUAUUGAUUAAUCUAACGAAUGAGAUAGACGAUGAAAUCGAUCUCAUCGAAGCAUUUCGUGUUUUUGAUAAAGAAGGUCAAGGUACGAUUGUUUUCACGAUUAGUACAUAA